AUGGUAAAUCAUCGGGAUCAUCAUCAUCAACAAGAACAGCAACAACAACAGUCUGAAUUCAAGGAUAUUGUCGUUCUCGCAAUCUCCAUCUGCACGAAGAGCGGCAAAGCUCUCAUCUCGCGUCAGUUCCGCGAGAUGACACGGGCCAGGAUCGAGGGCUUGAUCGCUUCCUUCCCUCGUUUGACCAGCAGUGGACAACAACAUACUACAAUCGAAACAGAGCAUGUGCGAUACGUCUAUCAGCCGUUGGAAGACCUGUUCGUUGUGCUCAUCACCAACAAACAAUCCAACAUUCUUCAAGAUAUUGACACCCUGCAAUUGGUCUCGAGGGUGGUGUCCUCGGUCUGUAGACCCACUGACGCACGCGAGAUUGACAGGAAUGCCUUCGAGUUGCUCAGCUCAUUUGAUGAGAUUAUUUCACUCGGCUACAGGGAAAACGUCAACUUGGCCCAGGUCGCCAGCAUCUCGGAGAUGGAGAGUCAUGAAGAAAAGAUCCAAGAGAUGAUUGAGAAGAACAAAGAGCGCGAGGCUAAGGAGGAGCUCAAGCGCAGGGCAAAGAUUUUGGAUCUCCAGAGAAAGGAGCAGAGGAAGAACAUGGGCGGCAUGGGCGGCAUGGGAGGCGGCUAUGGUCAGGGAAUGAGUGGUGGAUAUGGCCAAAGCGGCCCUAUGGGCUAUGGCGGACAGUCAGGCAUGGGAGGAAUGGGCGGCAUGGGCGGCAUGGGCGGCAUGGGAAUGAGUGGCAACCAGGGCUACGACUCUCCCACACCCGUGGAUGAUGGCCUGUCCAAGUUCAGUGCCGCAUCCAAAGCACCAACAACAAAGGCCAGAGGCAUGCAAUUGGGACGCAAACAGAACAAUAUCGAUCUCAUGGAGUCCUUGCGUUCUGAGGCUGAGACAUCAUCACCUAUGGUUCAGCAGCACCAGGUACCGGUUCAGCCCAGUUAUUCUGCUCCAUCUGAGCCUGCAUUUCCCAUGGAGAGCGUACAUGUUCAUAUUGAGGAAAAGAUUACGAUGGUCGCCAACAGGGAUGGCGGUUUGGAGAAUAUGGAGGUCAAGGGCGACUUGAUGCUCCGUGUCUCCGAUCCCGCGCGUGCCAAAAUCAGUCUCGCUCUGAUGCAUUUGGAAGACCCUAGCAUUCAAUUCAAGACCCAUCCCAAUGUCAACAAGGUCUUGUUCAACAGCGAGAAGGUCAUCGCAUUCAGGGAUUCAUCAAAAGAGUUUCCACUCAACACAUCCACAGGAGUAUUACGUUGGAGAUUUAUUAGCAAGGACGAAAGCUCGAUUCCACUCUCAAUUAAUUGCUGGCCAUCUCCUGCUGGCGAUGGAUCGUGCGAUGUCAAUAUUGAAUAUCAGUUGGAGAAUGAGGCUAUGGAGUUCAAGAACGUCAACAUCAUCAUCCCACUUCCACAAGGAGCACGUCCCACAGUGGGCGAGGCGGAUGGAGAACAUUUUGUGGACGCUCAACAGAGCGCACUGAUCUGGCAAUUGCCAUCGAUUACCUCCGAUAACCCAGCAGGAAGCAUGGAGUUCAACUGCCAGGGCGAAGACCCGGAGAACUACUUCCCUGUCUCGAUUCAGUUUGAGAGCGAGCGCCUCAUCUGCGACGUCGAUGUGGUGGCUGUUACACAGGUCUCGGAUGGCUCGGAAGUUCCCUUCUCAAAGCAGAGCAUUUUGACGCCAGUCGAGUACAGCGUCGUGUAA